AAAAGUCAAAAGUCAAAAGUCAAAAGUCAAAAGUCAAAAGUCAAAAGUGUCAAAAGUCAAAAGUCAAAAGUCAAAAGUCAAAAGUCAAAAGUCAAAAGU